AUGCAUCCAGAAUACGCCGAUUAUUUGUUCUUAAACUUUGAACGAAGAUUGAUAGCACUGAAAGAUCUUUUCGAUGAACUGAUCCGCCGCGCAGAUGACAACAUCGCUGUGCUAGAAAACUACAUGGCAAAUCAUGAGAUCUCAGAGGUGAACUGGCUCGGAAUGAUACAGUGGCAAGGGUCAGAGGCUCAAGAGUAUGUCAUUGAAGAUAUCGACGAAGAUGUGCACCCGGAGAGAGGUUACAGAGCCAUGUAUGAUUUGCGGUCAGAAUACUUCAUGUAUUUUGAUUACAAGACUUUCAAACAGAAGGUCCGUCAACAGGUAAAAAAAAAAAAGUACAUGCAAACCUUGAAAGUACAAAAUAUGCAGGGGAUGAAAGCUACAUGA